AUGAAACUGGUGAUGUGCGCACGACAAACCAAACGGAACAACCUGUUUGCUAAUUUCUUCAGUAGCAACUAUGAUGACUCAACGACUCAAGACGCUCAGCGAUCGUCGUCACAGCAAUCUGAGGAUUUCCAGCUCGACAUCAAUUUUGUGCUUGAAGAGCUACAAGCUGUGAACACCAGGAAAAGAACGGGUCCCGAUGUCACAACACGCGCCAAAUCAUCCAAUGCUCGUCCCACCAGCAGUCAUAUUGCUGAUUUCACAUUUAAGCCACAGGCUGCGAUAAACAAUUCCAAAGCGUCAGCCACAUACCGAUUCACUGAGCCCAUCGUCAUUAAAUCCGCGUCAAAUUCGUUUGAACAACACAAUAAACUGGGCAGUAAUAAGUCGGCGUACAAAUGCAGUGAACCAACAUUUAUAACCGAUAAGCCAGCAGGUGAUGUUGCCAAGACUGAAACACCUAAAUCUUUAGCUAAUUUCAAAUUUGAAUCGAAACCGAUCAAAGGAGUAUCGAGUGACAGUGGCAUUAAAACAACUCAAUCAUUUGGAUCAAAUGCCAACAAAUCAACGGGUCCGUUUGCAAUGAAACCGUCGUUCGGUGCAAGCUCUGACACUGGAUUCAGUGCAUCUAAACCAGUGUCAUGGUUUUCAACGCAACUCCAAGAUUACGACACAUUCGAGUCAAUUGCUGUGAAACAAAAACAAAGCAAAUAUUGGGAAUGCAAAUAUUGUGAAACAUCAAAUUUUCGGGCACUCUCAAAGUGCGUUAUUUGCGGAGCUGUUAAUCCAAAUGCUUCAAGCAAUGGCAAAACUGAAAACAAAGCCAAAGAACCGGUACAAAAGAAGCCAGUUACUGCUCAAUUUUCCUUUGAAAACGAAACCACCUUGCCUUCAACCAGUAAAAUAGAAACCAAUCCUGAGCCAGCUGCUAUCGCAUCAGUUGCAGCUUAUGAUGUUUCUAAGUCGAUUGUGGAGCAGCAAAACAGUUCGUGGUGGGAAUGUACAUUAUGUUUGAGCAGCAAUUCCAAUGACACUGAAAAUUGUGAAUGCGAUGACAUGCCGCAAGGAGACACCGCAUCGAAAGACAAGUCAAAGAAGCAAUUUGGAAGUUUGGCGUCAAGUCAGAAAUUCUCAUUUGGUUCACCAAACGGCGGCAGUACAUUUAGUUUUGGCUCAAAGCCAGAAAAUGCGAGCAGUACAACAGCAACGGCAACCGCAACAUCAACCGUAAAGUCGACCACAUCAAGCAUAUUUGGAAGCAACAGCUCUCAAACACCAACAUUCAAACCAACGGCAAUCGAAUCGGCAGCACCAAGCCAGUCUGCAGGUUUUUUUGGUUUUAAAUUGGGAUUUGGAUCGUCGUCGUCUUUUACGAAUUCAUCAAUAUUUGGAUCGAAGGUAGCAUCAAAAGACGAAAGGGAUACCGGCCCAUUAGCGACGAACAGCGACAAAGGUAUUAUAGUUUUGAAGAAUGUUUUGGUCAAACCAUCCACAAAAGCACGAGCUUCGCGAACGUCAACCAGCUCCACAACAAAUACAAUCAACACACUGACAACCAUAACUGCGUCAAACGCAGGCAAUAUUUCAACGAACAAUGGUUCGAUCACAGCCCCACCACCAGACAAUUUUCUUCCGACAAACGCGCAUCGAGCUGAAAAGCGAAAGUCAAAAGACGACAGUCCACCGCCAUCGUUCAACGGAAGCGACAGCAAUGGCAGUAAUAGUGGAAGUGCCACAAAUUCUGAUUCAAAUGUGCAGAUUCCAAAGAAAGAGAAAUUCUCGUCUGUUUUUUUUGAAUACUCUGAACAAGACUGUAGCAAAAAGUGUAAGCACGCCAAUGGUUUGAAAUACCAUCAGAGUCGUGUUCAUGGAGCCGGUUCGAUAGACGGGGAUUCAGAACGAUUGCCCAAAUCGCAUCCACCACUUCCAAAGCAUGCAGCGGAUAUUCAUUCGUCACGAUGUUCGUUAUCUUCGUUUGAAUCGAUCGUAGUAUUUGGGCACAGCGAUAUAACCCCAAUGCCACUACCUGCGCGACCUAAGCAAACAAAUGAUGCUGCCAGUGCAGCUGCUGAACCAACGAAUGUGGCCAGCAAUCCGGCAUCGGUGCAAACACCAACACCUUCACUUGGAACAGAGCCCAGUUCAGCGCUCGCCUCAGCGAUACAGGAAUCAAAUCAAACGAGCUCAAGUGUGACACCUGAACAAUCGAGCAAAUUGCUAUUAGUUGGUCAACCUCAACCAAACAGUUUUAUUCUGACAAAUAGGCGUCGAUCUAAAAAGACGGCAGUUUACCGACGUCAUCUAUCCUGCGUGCCAAAUCCAAAAAAACCAAAAGCGGCCUUAAAGUUUGCACAGCAUGUGGUUACACAACAUCACAUGGCGGACACUUUAAUGUUCAUAUACGACAAAGUUGUUUGGCGGUUGAGCCAGUCAGAGACAUGA